GGAGCGGAGCGGCGGAGAGGAUGUGUGACCGCAGUGGGGGGCGUCGGCUCCGGCAGUGGCUGAUCGAGCAGAUCGACAGCGAGCUCUACCCUGGGCUCAUCUGGGAGAAUGAGGAGAAAACCAUGUUCCGCAUCCCAUGGAAACAUGCUGGCAAGCAGGACUACAACCAGGAGGUGGAUGCUUCUAUCUUCAAGGCCUGGGCUGUUUUCAAAGGCAAGUUCAAAGAAGGUGACAAAGCAGAGCCGGCUACGUGGAAGACACGACUGCGCUGUGCUUUGAACAAGAGCCCUGACUUUGAGGAGGUGACAGAAAGGUCCCAGCUGGACAUCUCUGAGCCCUACAAGGUCUACAGGAUUGUGCCAGAGGAGGAACAGAAAUGCAAAGCUGGUGUUGCCAAUGGGAGCAGCCUGAACGAGGUCACAGAGAUGGAGUGCAAUUCCUCUGCAAUUGAUAACUUCAUUAAAGAGCCUCCCUGUGUAGAUGAGUACCUGGGGAUCAUCAAGAGAAGCCCCUCACCACCUCAGGAGACCUGCAGAAACCCACCAAUACCUGACUGGUGGGUGCAGGAGCCCAGCCCUGCAUUGCCUCUGGUGAAUGGAUACCCCAGCUAUGAGCAGCAGCAUUCAGGUUACUCCCAGAUGGUGAUCAGCUUUUUCUACGGUGGGAGGCUGGUCGGCCACGUCACCACCUCAUACUCCGAGGGCUGCAGGCUCUCUCUCAGCCAGCCCUGCAGCCAUGGUGAGAAGCUCUAUGCCUCAGAUGCUCUGGAGCAUGUGCAGUUCCCUUCAGCUGACACCAUCCAGAAUGACCGCCAGAAGCAGAUCACCAAGAAGCUCUUUGGGCAUCUGGAGAGGGGUGUCCUGCUGCACAGCAACAAGCAGGGCAUCUUCAUCAAGAGGCUGUGCCAGGGCAGGGUCUUCUGGAGUGGGAACACCAUGAUCUACAAGGACAAGCCCAACAAAUUGGACCGGGAUGAGGUGAUGAAGAUAUUUGACACCAACUUGUUCUUCAGAGAGCUGCAGCAGUUCUACAACAACCAGGGCCGCUUCCCAGACAGCAGAGUUGUGCUGUGCUUUGGAGAGGAGUUCCCGGAUGCAGCACCGCUGCGCUGUAAGCUCAUCCUUGUCCAGGUGGAGCAGCUGUAUGUCAGGCAGGUGGUGGAGGAGGCUGGGAAGACCUGCAGCAGCAAUCCCAUGGUGCCCAUAGCUGAUGAGCCACAACAUGACCAGGUGUACAGGAUCUUCCAGGACAUCUGCUCUACACACCAGCGGCCACUCUUCAGAGAAAACCAACAAAUUGCUGUCUGAGCCUCCUUCUCCAGACCUAAUGUGGUGGUUUGAGUUGACCUAGAUCCAGUUUGGUCCCAUUAGUGCCUAAAUUCCCUCUUUUGGAAAGUUGGGUUUGGUUCUUUGCUGUUUUCAGGGCAGAGUCUGUAGCAGCACAGCAGUAAAAAUUGCUGUGAGGGAGUAGGUUGAGUGCUCAGCAUCCAUCCUGUGGACACUUCACUGAUACAAAAGACUUUUGUCCCAAGCAGGAUAGUCCUGCCUACAGCUGGUGGCAGGAGGGACCUCCCAGUAUUGUUGUCUACAGCUGAUGGCAGAGGAAAUAGGGAGGGAAGAUCAGGGCUGGCGUUUAUUUGCAUUGCUUCUGUCAAAGUCCAGUGAAGCAGAACCCAACCCCAACAAGUUCUAAAGACCUGCCUUUGCUGUCUGCAGCUCAGACCUUGCUGAGAACAGUGAUUUGCCAGCAGACAACUCCUGGAAAAGCUUUAGAAUGCUCAAAUGUGGGCAAUUCUUUACAUAAAUCAAUCCCCUCCUCCCCUCCCACCCCCCAGAGAGUCCUGCUGACAGAAGGUGGGGGCCUUCCAAUGGAAACUUCCUGAAAUUCCUCCUUAUUUUUGCUGUGAGGUUUCUAUCUUUAUCUGUAAUACUCAAAUAUAUUGGAAACCAAUGCAGAGAAUUAUAGAUAAAAAUGAUGAAUAAGAACUUGAGGAUCUUAAUGUGUUUUCCUAACCAGAGAGAAAAGUUCCUAUCAAUCUAGGCUAUCUGUAAUUUUAAAAGCAUAGUGGCAAUAGGUUGGCUUCACCCUCCCAAAUGCACAUGUUGGUGUCUCCCCAAGCAUGACCAGGCAGCAGCAUCCGUGUGUGAAUCCUCAUUAACAUGCUUCAUGGGUGCCAGCAGCGCUGAAGAGUUGCUUGGACAUGGGGCUGGUGCCUUGCAGCUGACACAACCCACAAGUGCACAUCUGUGGCUGUCACUAAGCUGCCUAUUUAUUAUGCCUGAAGGGUUAUUAAUUUUCUUCUUGGCAAUGUUUUUUUUUAAUCUUCCCCUGAUUAAAAGUGCUAUAUUUUGUA